UAAAGAUUUACGAAUAGCAGUGGAAAUGAUAGCCGUACCAAGUUUAGAGACUGUUGCUGAGGUCCAUCUAGAAGUUAUAGCUGGAGCUAUUGGGACCUUGAAUGGAUACAGAAAAUUAGAGGAGCAAUGUGGAGUUCUUGCUAAUCGAACAAUUUUACUUCGCCUUCUUUCACGAAUCGGAGGGUCAUCCAUUAAAGAUACUUCUAAGAAUCUAUUGAAAAGACUUUUUACAAAUUUUGUCAUGUCUCAUUUGAGUAUGGAUGGUAAAGGUUCUCUUAAAAAGCUUCCGUUUAGAGACUCUGCUCUGUGUCAACUUGUUGUUGAGAAUGCUGUAAAAAUGCAAAAAAUAGAAAUGCUGUCGUUUUACAUAUAUGUGUAAUAAAAGAAAAUUUCAAAAUUGAUUUUCUUUUACGAACGUAGGCAGAUGAUUUUAAUUUUUACAUUUUUGGAAUCCCAUGGUCAUAAGCUUUCACAGGAAUGUUGCGGUUUUCUAGGGUGCGGACUGAACAGUUAUCUCCUAUUUUUGAUAAGACUGUCAUACCAUAAUAUCAACAUCCACAUUAGUACAACAGUCCCCCAAAAAAAUUGAACAUAAAAGUAUUGAUCGAGAUUGUUUGGAAGAAAGAAAAAAUUAUUAUUUGAAACCGGGCGUAUCUACAUCAAAGAAAGAACCAAUCUUUGGGAAUAAAAUUGCUAAAAACAGAAAGUCUAUUGCAGGAUGCCGUAUUGUCUGAAAAUUCAUUAUAUUUGUUGGAGGAGUUUGUAAUUCCAUAUUAGAAGCUCUUUUGUUUAACUACAUAAAGAAAGAAAUAGGCGUUGAGCCGAUUGGUGUCACACUCAACCGGGAAAAUAAAUAUAACCACUCUUUCAAAUUAACCAUAAAAAGUAAUAAAAAACACAUAGUCCUAAAACCGGAAGUUUGGGACCACAAUAUUAUUGUUAAACAGUUUCGAAAUCCUCGUGAAAAUCUAGGAACUGAAAUGAACCAAUCUAACAUCGUAAAUCAAUCGAAUGUGGAACAUCAACUUUACGCAGCUCGUGCCAUGUCUCUAAAUCAGAAAUCACAACGGAUGAACGCGCAAUAAAUUCAAGUAGUUGUAGUUUAGUCUCUGUGCGCAUAACUGUCAGAGUCUUAAAUCAAACUUAUGCUAUAUUUCUACCUUAAUUAACUCAUUUGAUAUAAUUUUUCUAUCUGAGCACUGGCUCUCAAAUGUCGAACAGUUUGUUUUAUAUAACCUAUCAGCUCCAACACAUCAGUUAUUUUUUCUUUCUGCUGAAAAGAAAAAAUAUGAAAGACCUUUGGGGGAAAAACUUACUGCUUUCUCUUCACGAAAUACACGAAGAUGAACACAUUCUUGCAAUAAAAGGUGCAUAUGGCAACAGUGUUUUUAUUUUUAUUGGAGUUUAUCUUACUUCAUGCAGAAAUACUUCUGAAUCAUUAGAAAAAUAUCUGUCUCAACUUAGUGUAAUUGCUUCCAUCAUUAACACAAACGAGGAUAAAGGAGAGUUUAUAAUUGCCGGCGAUUUUCAGUCAUUUCCUGAAAAUAUAUAUGACACGGAAGUUCGGAAUAACCAAACACAAAACAAAUUUUUUAGGCAUUUAUCAAAUUUUCUUGAAACAAACAAGCUUUCUUUUUUGGAAAUAAUUAGUGGUUCUGGUCCUACUUAUACCUAUAAGCAUAAAACGCUAAAUAAUUCAUCUUACAUUGAUCACAUAGCAGUCUUAAAAGAAUCAUCAAUAUGCUUUACAAACUGUAAAAUUAUUCCUCCUUCACCCAUUGCUACACAUAUUCAUCUUAAAAAUAACAGUUUAACUCCAGUUAUAAAUAAUAUACUUAAAAAAUACAAUACAACUUUAUUGAAAUUUAUAAUCGGAACCUCUCUCACUUCUUCAAAGAUUUUGCUUUUAUUGGAGAAGCAAUAGAAAAACAAACUCAAACAACAUGCGAAAAAAUAAAUAAUGCUGCCAUUUUAGCUAUGAAAAAAUGUUUUCAAAAAAAAGAAUUUUGCAUUUAUUCUAAAUCAUGGUAGACACCGGAAGUUAAAUUGUGCAAAGACAUUCUCUCUUUCCACUUUAAAGAAUGAUAAAAAUGUAACUAUAACAAAUCGCAGGAAUCCAUUUCAUUUAAUAAAUACAUACUAGCUUGUAAAAAUUUUCGUAAAACAGUAAAAACAGCUCAUAACCUAGAAAUCAAUAAAAUUACCAAACACAAUGAAUACCUUUGAAAAAGUAAUCCUCAAAAGUUGUGGAACAAUAUCCGAAAAAUCAAAUCUAGUCCGAACACUCGUAUUUUUACGAUAAAUAAGAAACAAGAUGGAAAGGAAAUUGUAGAAAAAUUUAGACAAAAAUUUAAUACAAUUCUCAACACUCCCACAAUUACUAACAACAAUUCCGAACACCGCAAUAUUCCCCAACUUAUAUUUGAACCUAAUAAAAUACUCUUGUCAACUUCUGACAUUGAAUCUUUUAUUCGUAAGGUAAAGUCUAACAGAUCACGUGACUCUUGUGGAAUUACUGCAGAACAUCUUAAAUGCUCCUCUAAUAACAAUCUCGUUACAUGGCUUUCAAAGUUUUAUAACAGUAUCUUUAAUAAUGGAGUUGUGCCUGAAUACUUAUCAAAUUCCAUAAUUAUUCCAAUAGUAAAAUCCUAUAAAAAAUCUCUUUAUAAUUCAGAUAACUAAUGCGGUAUUAGUAUUACACGCAAUGUCAAAACCUCUAUAUCAAAUUAAAUACAGAAAAAACCGAGUUCAUUAUCUCCGGUAAAAGUUUAGUCACAAAAAACAUAAUACAAAUUAACGGUUUUUCUUGAAACUCAAUAAUAAACUGAAACACCUCGGAUUCUUAUGGAAAACCAAGGCCAUGGACAAAAUAUAGCUACAAUCCAAUAAGCAAAUAUAAACGAAAGAAUAAUUCAAUUUCAAUCAAUCUCCAGAGUUCUUAUAAAAUCUGGAAUUCGUUUUUGUCAACCAGUGACUAUAGUGCAUUUGUUCAAAUCUCAGGCUAUACCAAAUCUAUCAUAUGGAUUAGAAAUUUGUGAUUAUAGCAAUACUUAAAUAAAUUAGACGCUGUUGGAAGAUCAGCAUUAAAAUUUCUCUUUAGUAUUUCAAAACACAGCAAAAGCUAUCUGUUUUAAAAUCGAUGACGUAUCUACCAUCUUUGUUCAAAACAAAUUGAAUCUGUUUGUCAGAUUAUUGAGCAAUCCGACUUGUCUUACCUUGAUUUUAAAUCAAAUAUCUAAUGUUAAUAAGGAAAACCGCGGCGCUCUAUGAUAAGACCGUAAGGACUUCUGUGAGCGCUUAAAUACAUACAAAAAAAAAACUGCUUUAUUAAAGAAAUAAUGAAAAUUUGCAACCGCCUGGAACUAAGCUUCAUGCAGUGUUUUAUUAAGGAGGGAAAAAUCAUUAUCAAACGUCGUAACGAUGACGUAGAAGAUAAUUUAGCAGAAAUUUUAAACCAGUCCUUUGAAUUCUGGAACAUCAGAGAGUAGAGAAUGAUAUUCAAAAAUUUAAUGGAAGAAAGCAUUCCAAGAAGAAUCUAAAUUAGAAUUUUAACUUAGAGUAUAAACUAUUAGUUUUAUGACUACUGUAUUUUUUACCUGUAAUUUUGGGCGAUGAAAGAAUAAAUAAAAAAAUAAAUAAUAUAAAUGAAUAAACAUGCAUAAAAAUGAAUAGACGCACAUAUAAGAAUAACUGUGAAAUAAAUAGUUGUACAUAAUUAUAAAGCCACAAGUAAAGCAGUCUCUCUUUUCAUAUUCACAUAGCGACACAAACAAAAGUUCAAUGUUCCACCGUGCCGGCAUGUCGAUCCUGCGCUAUCCUCCCGAUUCACCGUGAUCGCACAACUUAGACCAACAUUUCCGUCAACGCCGUUAUUUGUUUUACUUCCAUAUCCAGUAAGUCUAUGUGCCGCAGUCGGCGAAGUUUCGUCCUUUGAACUCAAUACUUUAGUCUAUAAAGAGAAGGAAAUGUAAAACCCCACCUCUUCUAAGAAUUAAU